AUGACAGCGAAAGCGAGUGAUAGAAAGCAAGAAAGAGUAGUGAAGGGGUAGAUAAUGCCAUUCAUUGGUAGGGAUUGGCGAUCGCCCGGAGAGGUAUGGGUGAAGACCGACGAGGGAUGGGAACGGAUGAAACUGUUGCAGAACUCAUCCAUCAUUCACACUGAUAUAGCCGUCGAUAAGAAGAAGGCGUCCAAAGGGAGGCCCCGGAAGAAGAAGAAGUUGGUGUCGAUCCCAAAACCGACGCCAAAUGACACGCUAGACACUGACACACCACCGAUGCCAGUGUCUAAACUGCGGACAUUCGCACAGUUGGCCAAAGAGCUCAAAGUCUUUGAUAUGAAUGUCGAAACUGUCGAUCCAAUUGUCAAAACUGAUGAUAAUAUAUUGAAAACAGUGGUCGCAGAGGAAUGUGUCACCACUGAAGACCAAAUUAUUGAGAACAUUGUUAGUGAUUGUGCGGACAUUUCUACAGAUCAGGCACACAAUGUUAUAGACUGUGAAAACACUGUUAAAGAUAAUGACAUCGUUAGAGAUAAUGAAGACAUUGUAGACAAUGAAGACGUGUAUAGAGACUGCGAGGAAACAAUUAUAGACAAUGAAUACAUUUGUAAUGAUAAUGAAGACGUUGUCGAAGAUAUGGAAAGCAUUAUAAAAGAUACUGAAGAUAUUACUAUAAAUAAUGAAGAGACUGCGAAGAAUAGUGCGGAUCCAAUCGGUGAUAACGUUGACACUGUUAGUGAAAGUGUGGCCACUGUUUGUGAUACGGCAGUCACUGUUGAAGAGGACGUGAGCGCCAAUUGUGUGCGUCGGUCGAGACGUCUGAAGAAAGUGACGGAAUUGUAUUCCAGCGAAGAAGUGGACAAAAGUAAUCGUCGGCCGAACGCUAACACAAUGGCAGAACUGAUUGUUAGCGUUUCGGCCACCGAUGCCGACGAGCCGUCAAAGACUAGAUCCAAGGCAUCGAAACCGAAGGCACAAAAAGAGAGCCCGAAGUCGAAGACAGAGAAACCGUCGAAAGUGGCGAAGACAUCGAAACCAAAGAUCGAGAAGAAGACAAAGAGUAAACGGCGCGGAAGUAUUGGCGGCAAGAAUAUCGGCAAACUGUUGGCCGACUACAGGCGCCGCAUACCUGAGCACCAAAAGCGGCUCAAAUACGUGGAAAUGGAUCCCAAUAUCGAUAUACUGUACAAAAAGAUCGGUUUGGUGUCCACACGUCUGUCGGCGAUACCCGAAGCGCAGGACGAAUGCUAUAAAUGA